GUUUCGGCCAUCUUCGCUUCUCUCUAGUCUCUCCGCCUUCUCCCCCUGCGCUGGGCUCAAACCCCUAGCCGCCGACGAACCCAACCUAGGGUUACCGCUUCCAGCAUGCUUCACUGCUGACCUACCACCUUCCAUGGCGCUGGCAUCCUCGUCCCUGCCAUGAACACGGACGCACAACUCCGCUUUAACCGCCGCAAGCGCCCCCUAUCGGCUGACGGCCGCCUCCACGACCACUUGCGCGGCCAGCAGCGCAAGCGCCGAGGGGCCCGCGUCCUCGUACCCGACUGCUUCCUCGUGCCACCGCCGGAAGCCAAAUCCGCUGAUUUCGACAUGUGGGACUACAUCCGCAACAUCCCGGACAGGCUGCGAUUGGACAACGGCCUGAGGCUGCUCAAGGGCUGGGUCCGUGCGUCCAAGGAUGUGCCGCAGGAUCCGUCGAAGGAUGUGCCGCAGGAUCUAGCCUGGGGCAAUGGCCUGAGGCUGCUCAAGGACAACGAUGUGAAGCCAGGGCGCGUGGUGGUGGCGGGGAAAUGGAAAGUAGAUGACCCCGUGAAGGUCGCCUUGAAGGCGUCGGCGCCGCGGGAGGAGGCGAAACCGUGUUGGAAGGAUCUCCAUGAGAAGACGAAACAUAAUGACAAGAGGUUGGGCGAGAUCCCCGUCAAGGUGGAUCUUCUGGAGAAGACGCUUGAGGAGCAGAGGAAGAAGGCUGAGCCGCCUAAGGAGGACCUGUCUCAAUUCUUUGUACCUCUAACUGCUGAAGAUGAAAAGGAAGUUCAGGAUUGUUUGUAUGGUAAUGGUUCGAGUAGCAAAGUCCUGGUGCUGCAUGAACCGUCUAACAUUGAGGUUAGCAGGGGAAAAAUUCGGUGUUUGAGGCCACAUGGCUGGUUAAAUGACGAGGUCAUUAAUUUGUACCUUGAAUUGUUAAAGGAGAGGGGAAUAAGAGAACCCAAAAGGUUCUUGAAAUGUCAUUUCUUCAAUACGUUUUUUUAUAAGAAGCUUGCUUGUGGAAAAACUGGGUAUGACUACCAAUCUGUAAAAAGAUGGACUACCUCCAGGAAGUUGGGUUAUGAGCUCAUUGAUUGUGAUAGAAUCUUUGUCCCCGUACAUCAAAACGUGCAUUGGUGUUUGGCAAUUAUAAACAUGAAGGCGAAGAAAUUACAAUAUCUUGAUUCUCUUGGCGGCCAUGAUCCGCGUGUAUCCAAAAUGCUGGCUAGAUAUAUUGUGGAUGAAGUGAAGGACAAGAGUAAUAAAAAGAUUGACAUAAGUUCUUUGACCGAAGAAUCUAUUGAUUGUAUUCCUUUACAAGGCAAUGGGUGGGAUUGUGGUAUGUUUAUGCUAAAGUACAUUGACUUCCACAGCAGAGGAGUCAGCUUAUCUUUUGGUCAGGAACACAUGGAAUACUUUCGGAAGAGAACAGCUAAGGAAAUCUUAAGACUAAGGGCUGACUAAGUUUUCUCUUUGGAAAUAAUAAAGACAAUUAAGUUCUGCAAAUAUGUUGGGCCAUUCUCCAAAACUGCGCCUUCAGUCUUGGAUGUUGCUGGCAAAGAUAGAAAAUGUCCAUUCCCCUGAGAAACUGAAGAGUUUUGACCGUGACCUCAAACUGCUGGCGUUGAAGAGUGCAGAUGCCAACAAAUUUCUGUAAAGCUCUUCUAUAUAUGGAUUUGAUUGGCAGGAGCAGAAAAAGGAAAGGAAAUCUUGAAUGGGAUUUUGAGAAGAUAUGCAACGUAGAGACACAUCCCAGGAGAUUCAGCCUAGCAUUGAACCAGUGGCAUCUUCCUUCACGGCAGUGUGGUCCAUGUUAACUGGCUUUUGUUUAAGAGUUAGAUUUUUUUUCUGUUAGCUUUGAUGACAAAAAUCUAUUCACCGCAGUGUGGUCCAUGUAAAUUUCUGUAUCUUUUUUUCAAGAAAACGCAAAAGACUUUUGCGUUUCAUUUCAUUGAAAAGAUAGGGGUUUGAGUUA